CUGGAGAUGUAAAGUAGUGUGCUGAGGGAGUCAUCACGGAGCAUCUUCUCUUGAUCUGGCAACCUCCGGCAAACUGCGACAGCACAGCAGCGCCAAUGGCAGCUGAACAUCCGCACAGCACCGCGAGCAGGAUGACAGCAACAAGGUUUAAGUAGUUCACACAGGAGUGUGUGCAAUCCCAAAGCUCUACCCAAGAAGUGUUAAAAGUCCAGCAAUGAAUGAGAUUCCUUGGUUGCAGCCGAGGUGAGGGCUAAGCAUGGUGCGUGAAUCCGAAGCGUAGAGGCAAGCGUGACAGUAUGUUCUGCGUCGCAGCAACUCAAAAUGGAAAAGCACCCAUGCAGGGAGGAGAACAUUGACUCAAGCGGGGCCCAGCAUGCCACCGACAAGCCUGAAGACAGCAGCAGCUCGGAAAGCGAUUCUGAAGAGCAGCAGUGCCCAAAGGUUCAGGUGAACAACAGCAGCUGCAAGAAGUGGGAGCCCCUGGCUGUCACUAAGCCCCAUCGUCAGCUGUGUCGCUCCCCUUGCCUCGAUCAGCCCAGUUUUUCCCAGAGUAGCACAGUACAAGAUGUCCGCGAGGAUUACAAUAGCGCAGGGCCAGCGAUCAAGGUGGCCAGUGACAAGGAGUACCAGACAAAAAUGGACUUUGCUUUAAAGCUGGGCUACUCGGGGGAGCAGGUGGAGACGGUGCUCCACAAACUCGGGGCCACUGCACUUAUUAAUGACAUUCUUGCAGAGCUAGUAAGGCUAGGAAACAAAGUGGAACCUGAAUGUCAACCUUGCAGCAGUGCAGUCACGUCACUAUCAUGUGCACCCUGUGUUAAAGAGACUGCUAGUCCUGAGGUGUCUGCGGAAGAAGAUUCUGUGGAAAUGUAUGAUAAUCUCCGGCCUAUUGUCAUUGAUGGCUCAAAUGUGGCAAUGAGCCAUGGAAACAAAGAGGUUUUCUCUUGCCGGGGUAUCCAACUUGCUGUUGAAUGGUUCCUAGAAAAGGGGCACAAAGACAUCACUGUGUUUGUCCCAGCCUGGAGAAAGGAGCAGUCGAGACCUGAUGCCCCUAUUACAGAUCAAGAAAUUUUACGCAAGCUAGAAAAAGAGAAGAUCCUGGUUUUUACCCCAUCUCGAAGGGUCCAAGGCAGAAGAGUGGUCUGCUAUGAUGAUCGCUUCAUAGUGAAGCUGGCUUAUGAUUCUGAUGGAAUUAUCGUGUCAAAUGACAAUUACAGAGACUUGCAGAAUGAAAAACCAGAGUGGAAGAAGUUCAUCGAGGAACGACUCCUUAUGUAUUCAUUCGUCAAUGACAAGAACUACCAGAAAACCUCUCAGUACAAACCCAUACAGUUGAGCUACACAACAAAUUACAGACUCAAAAGAUUCAUGCCACCUGAUGAUCCACUGGGAAGACAUGGUCCAAGCUUAGAAAACUUCCUUCGCAAGCGUCCUGUUGUUCCAGAGCAUAAAAAACAACCUUGCCCAUAUGGCAAAAAGUGCACAUAUGGACACAAGUGUAAAUACUAUCAUCCGGAGCGUGUCAAUCAGCCACUACGAUCAGUCGCCGAUGAACUGCGGGCUUUUGCUAAACUGUCUGCUGUGAAGACAAUGAGCGAGGGGGCCUUAGUUAAAUGCGGCACUGGUCCGGCAGUUGUGAGCAGAGACAACACAUCCGAAGUCAAACGUGUGGCGCCCAAACGGCAGUCCGACCCAAGUAUCCGCUCAGUGGCCUGCGAGCUUUCAGAAACACUGUCCGUUGUCAGGAAGUCUGAAACAAAUUCAGUGCCUUCCCUUGUGACUGCUCUAAGCGUGCCCACCAUGCAGCCUGUUAAGAGCCAUGCAGCUGGGGCUUUGAACACGCGAUCCGCCAGCAGCCCAGUGCCAGGUUCUUUGCAGUUCUCACACAGUUCACUGGAGCACAUGUCUAGUGUACAGUACCCGCCUAUUUUGGUAACUAACAGCCAUGGCGCUUCUGUUACAUACAACGAGCAGUUCCCAAAAUAUGACUCUGUCAGUGACCAUGGCUAUUAUUCACUGCAUAGCGAUUUUUCAAACAUGAGCAUGAGCAGUAUGCACAACGUUGACAGUUUCUGUAGCAUAGAGCACGAGCACAGUGUGUGCCAGAGAACUCGCAGCCACUGUCCUGAGUCCUGCCUCAGCCACUCCAACAGCGACUCGUUCUCCUCAUAUGGUGACCUGUAUCCGAGCUCUGUGGACGGUAGCCUGGAGGAGAGCCUGAAGGGGCAGCAACAGCCCCCUGCCCCAGGGAGAAUGCACACUUUCUCCCAUGGGUUUCGGCACGAAGCGUUGUCUAGGGUUCAGAGUUAUGUACCGGAGGAGCCCAAGCAGGGUCUACGUAAGCAGCUUGGAGCACACCUAGCACCACACAUCCAGCAUGUUGCAGUGGGGGCCAGGUCAAGCUGCCCUGGAGACUACCCCCUCACUCAGAAUGUCCUCCCGCCGUUCUCCUCACAGGCGACGCGAUCCCUCGGCAUGACUCGCAUGGACAGCAUAUCCGAUUCCAGGCUGUACGAUAGCAACCCAAUGAGACAGAGGCGACCGCCACUGUGUCGAGAGCAGCAUGCGAGCUGGGACCCUUUGCCUUGUGGAAACGAGUCUUACGGAUAUCACUCUUACCCACUGAGCAACAACUUGAUGCCGUGUUGCGAGCGGGUGAUGGUCCGCAGCAUGCCUGACAAAAUGGAGCAAAUCUGGAACUCGCCGUGGGAGCCCCUACCUGCAGCUGAACACCAAGAACGGUAUGUCAUCCCAGACCACCAGUAUCAAACAUAUCGGAACCUUUGUAACAUCUUCCCUGCAUAUGUGGUCCAUUCAGUAAUGGAGAAAAACCCUCAUUUGACAGACCCCCAGCAACUUGCAGCCGUCAUUGUUACAAAUCUGAGGUCUUGUCACUAAGGAACCUUUCUUUAAAAAUUAUUCAAAUUGAAGGCGAUUAAGGAAAUAGAGUAUUUUGAUUGCAAAAACAGGCACUUGAUAAAUGUUGACAAAAGUGCAACAUUUGCCCUCAGGAGUUUUUUGUUUUUUUUAAUUAAAUCAGCUGCAAAUUCUGACAGUCUUACAUUAGUAAGAUGAUAUCAGUAAAAAACUUUUUUUUUAGUAGAAUUAUAGGAUGGCUACAUUUUUAUAAGAAGUGUGGUGCACUUAUGGAUUGUGUCAUAGCACAUCCAUUAUACUUGAGCAGGAGCUAUAUCUCCAUUCAACUUAUUGAUUUUGAGUUGUAAGGUAAAAUGUCAAAUAUACAGAAAUUCCCUGCAAUGUGGUCUGGAAUGUUUUGGUUCAGCUAACUAGUUGACUAUCAGAAUAUACCCUAUCACAAACUAAACCACAGCAUCUUUAAAUCAAGAAUGUCAGUUGUUUAAGUAAGCACAAAGGUCCCAUUCAGGUCAUGUGGAUGUGCUAUGAAAGACAUCUUAAAUAUGUCUGAAACUAUCAAUUAACUUUCUUCAGCUUUGCCUCUGCUGUAAAUUACUUGUGACUUUUUUUGUGCAUUUCUUUCUAAGACAAGGGGGAGGUACACGCAUACCUCCAAGCAUGUACUAUGACAUUUAAUGGCCUUAUAUCUGAGUGACCUCACACUUUAGUCGUCGUCUCGGCGGGUUUCAAUGAACGUACUUUACGUUGAAGCCUCCUACUUUUUAAAUGUAAAACACUAGCUCAGUAUCUAAAGAUAUCUAUUUUCUCAGUCUCACUUACAAAGCUACUAUUUUGGUAGACGUUGACUGUGCACAAAGCAAGCCAAAAAAGAGAUUUGUCUUGUAUACAGGUGCACAUGUUAAUCUAUGUACAUAAAAGCCAUUAUGUCAGUCAUUUAUAAGCUGCUAAAUAAUGCCAAAAAAGGUCAUUAUUCUGACGUCACAUUACAUUUAGCUUCAUGUGAUUGGACUUGUUAAUCAUUUUCCAUUUCCAAUGGUUUAGUGUAUAUUUGGUUGUACUGAAUAUUUUUAAGUAAAAAUAGUAUUAUAUAAUAUAUACAUUAGUAGCUCCUCUGAACUCCUUCAAGUUGUCAGUGGUCUAACCUUUUUGUAUCAAAGACCACUUUUACAUGCACUUAAAUGGACUGAUUUUAACUUUUGUCAACACCUGGCAGGGGGAUGGCUUUUAUUUCUUGUGAGUUUGGGCGUGAAGACUUAAGUAUUUCCAAACCCACUCAGUGCAAAUACAUAAAAGGCUGCAAAGCAGCUUCUUAAUGCAUGUACAAUAAAUUAGAUGAACAUGUGGCACUGAAAUAGCGGUAAAUCUGAAUGAAUGAAUUCAGAGCAUCAAGAGUAAAUAGUUACCUGUGCAUGGAAUCUGGGACACCAUUUCACUAAUGUAAUGUGUCUAAAUGCAAAGGCAACAAUGUUUACCAUCACAGUUUGCACACAGAUAUCUAUAAUUCCAGUAUUUCUGCUAGGCCUGCUACGUUGUUAAAACAUGUUCCACAUAGACUGAGUUUCAAUAAUUGUAAAAGAAACAAAAAAACAAUUUAAGUACAAACCCCGUUUUCAUAUGAGUUGGGAAAUUGUGUUAGAUGUAAUUAUAAACGAAAUACAAUGAUUUGCAAAUCCUUUUCAACCCAUAUUCAAUUGAAUGCACU